UAUAAGUGUGGAUGAGUGGCUUGUGUUUCAGACUGACAGAAUGAAUGCAGGCCUGAUGGACGUACGGUGCUGAGGGCCACCAUGACCCCUGCGGUGACCCCGGAGAAGAGAAGACCCCCACCUUCCCCCGGACUGCUAAUUAUAGGUCGAUAUGCAGCAUCUACAGGAUGAUUGACAGCUGCUCCUCCUGAACCCCAGGAUGCCUGCUGUGCCAGUGGGCGGGGCAUCCCCCUCCCACCACGUCGUACCUGUGGCCCUCACCUGCUCCUGGCUGUUUCUGCUCUUCCAUACCGCCUUCGGUCAGAAACCUGCCAGGCUGCCCCUGAUCGGCCGGAAGCCCUUCAUCGCGGCGUGGAACGCUCCGCUUGACAUGUGCGCCAUUAAGUACAAGGUCACCAUCAACCUGGACCGUCUCUUCCACAUCCACGGGAGCCCACGUGCUGAUUGGACAGGCCAGAAUGUCACCAUCUUCUACGCCAACCGGCUGGGCUACUACCCUCACUACAACCACCAGGGCGCUCCCGUGAAUGGCGGCCUGCCGCAGAACAGCAGCCUGGACCUGCACCUGUUCAAGGCCUACCAGGACAUCAACCACUUCAUCCCUGCAGAGGACUUCCGCGGCCUGGCUGUCAUCGACUGGGAGUUCUGGCGGCCUCAGUGGAAUCGUAACUGGCACAAGAAGGACAUUUACCGGCAAAAGUCGAAGGAACUGACCGCCAAGGCAUACGUGAACGUGACGGCGGCGCAGGUGGAGGAGCUGGCACGCCGGCGGUUCGAGAAAAGUGCCAAGGCGUUCAUGCAGAAGACUAUUCAGUUGGGGACGCAUCUUCGCCCCAAUGCCCUCUGGGGUUUCUACCUCUACCCUGACUGCCACAACUACAACCUGCACGAGCAGAACUACACGGGCUUCUGCCCCCUGCUGGAGAGGCUGAGGAACGACGAGUUGCUGUGGCUGUGGAACAGCAGCACGGCGCUUUUUCCCUCCGUGGCGAUCAGGAAAAGUCACACCAACAGCAUCAGCAACCUGCACUUCUCCCAGCACAGGAUCAGAGAGUCGCUCCGCGUCGCCUCGCUGACCUCCAAGGAGUACGACCUCCCCACCUAUGUGUACAUGAGGCUGGGAUACAGAGACGAGCCCCUGUCCUUCCUCACCGCAAAAGACUUGAUCCACACCAUCGGGGAGAGCGCCGCUCUGGGAGCUGCUGGAUUCGUCAUCUGGGGUGACCUGAACUUGACCGCAUCGAGGCCUAACUGCACCAAGGUGAAGUCCUUCCUGAGCCACCGCCUGGGUCAGUACAUCAUCAACGUGACGCGAGCCGCUGAGGUCUGCAGCGACUUCCUGUGCCAAGGGAACGGCCGCUGCAUCCGCCGGGACCCCCGUGCCCGCCAUUACCUCCACCUGAGCGCCAACAGCUACCGCAUCCGGCCCGCUGGCAACGGGGACUUUGCCGUCACCGGGUGGCACUCUCAACACGAACUGCAGCUGCUGACCGAGAGGUUUCGCUGCCACUGCUACGAAGGCCACGAGGGCGAUAGCUGCGACAGCAUCAACAAAGUGAAGGAGGACGACGGGCCGUGGAGGGAGGGUGAGGAGGACGAGCAGGAGAGGAAGAGGACGGAGUGGGAGGAUGAGCAGGAUGAACGAUGGGAAGCUGGGGAGAGUGCAGCGCCCCGAACCGGCUUCAGCCUUCACAUGAUGUUGUUGAUGCUCCUGUUGAACUUAUCGUUAGUAAAGACAGUCGUAUGAUGCACAGCUUUGUACAGAUGUUACUUUUCCACACACAGUGUAAUAUUUUUGAUUUAAGAUGGACGCAGACUUGAACCCUGGAUGAACACUAACAGGUUAAUGUUGAGGUAUAAUGUUUACCAUGUUUACAAUCAUAAUUUAGUAUGUUAGCAUGCUAAUAUUCGCUAAUUAGCAAUAAACAGUACAGCUGCGACUAGUAGCAAUGUCAGUUUUGCAGCUGUUUGGUCAUGAAGCAAGUUAUGAUGAUUCAAUCUUUCAAGGCAGAAAAUCAAAAAGAUAUUUCACUUAAAGCCAGAAACAUGAACCCUAGACAAAACUAAACAUGCUUCCUUGCUAAAGGUUCUGUAAACCACCAUCACUGCCAGUAGAUGUCACACUAGACCACAACAAGGAGCUGAAUAACUGAAUAAAGUUACCCUGUGUAAAGCCAAUAAAAAAAAAAAUCUAGCCACAACCACUAUCCCACACACUGAUAUGCUCCACUGCAGUGCUGACAGUUAGCCAGCUAGCGAUAGCAACAUUUGCCCAACACAUCAUAGAGUUGUCCAUCUCAGUAAAGCCGGACCAGUAUUGGCUCUAUGGUCAGACUGGGAAAGAAACUCAGCUUUGGACUUCUCCACUGUGGCUGGCUGCGUGAAUGACACUGAUGGAGCAGGUAAAAAAGGUAAAAAGUCCAGCUUUAAACUUUAUGGGCCGCAAGCCUGUGUGUUUAUAAAUGUGAGGAGGACCAAUGGUUUAACAGGAGGGAUUCACAUGCACUAACAUGCACACGUAUGUGCACUAACAUGCACACGCACGUGCUACCAAAACAAAGACCAUGCAGACAAAAUUCGAUUAAAAAACACACAGAGGGGGUGUGACUUUGUUCUCUGCUCAGGACGCCAUUACUCCACUAUAUCUUUACAUAGAAAAUAGUUAUUUGCUGCUAUAUUGUUGUUUAAAAUCUCAUUGACAGAACCUUUAAGAAGUGUGAUUGGCACUUUACGUGACACAGAGGUUUGGCAUGUCAACAGAUGGAGGUUUUGGUUGAUUGUCGUUCAGUUCAACCAGUUGAAGUGUAUUUGACUUCUGCAACACUCUGCACUGCUUCUUUGGCCAACAACUGCAUUAGUUCUUCCUGGAACGUUUUUGGAGACACAUCAGUCAAGUCUUUCAGUGGAAACCAAAGGGCGGUAAUACGACCAGACAGCCAGUAGAAAGAUAAUCACUAAGAUCUGACGCUUGGUUUGUUGGUUUGUGGUAUUAUUGAAAACAUCAUUAAUGAAUUACUUUUUGAAGCCCAUUGCUUUUCUCAACAAUAAGCUGUUAUUUCACUUAUCAUAUAAAUUGUGUAUUUUUUAUACUGCUGCUUACAUUACACUCUUGAAGCACAGCUUGUGUUGUUGUGGAUGCUAUUGUUUUCAAAAUAUCAUGUAUCUGUAUCAUUUCUUUCAUUUUUGUUGAGUUCAUUACGCUAAAAAAAAAAGGUUUGGAGAGUUUGGAGGAAUCAGAAAAACAGGCUGGGUUUAAUUUUUUGAUUUUAUUUCAUCUCAGUGUGGCUGAUAAACGGCUACCGUCUCUGAAGCUGAUGUAAAGUACUGUAGUUAUGAGAAAACACUGAACAGGAUGUAAAAUAUGGCACAUACUGUAUCUGAAUACAUGACUCAGCAGCUGUCUGUGGUUUUAUGGCUCUUUAACGCCGACUUCUUGCCAUAGAGCAGUAAAUAAAAUGUCAACAGUCUCAUCUCCUGCGAAAAACACAAGAGAUUUUUUAUGAGCCUGAAAAGUCUUUUUAAAACCUGACAAGGACCAAACCCGAACACAUCCGAGUCCAGAGAAAGUGUUCUUACAGGUUUGUCGGUGCUUCCAGUUAGUUACCAAAUAUGCAACAAGGACUAUGCAACACAUGGAAAAUGUUACCUGAAUGUAAAUGCACUACAAAUAAAGACUUUUCUUCAGUACA